UACGAUUCCAACAGUGUUGUUGUGUAGAUGAUCAAGUUUUACUGUAAUCCAUGGUUAAGAUUUGGGUUACUAUCUAUGUCAAUAUAUUUACGGGGGCAGUAUUUGUACGGUGCACGAAAAUAAAUGCCUGGGAGUCUCGUCUUGGGGGGAAAUAUAUCCCAUAUUUGUAGUCUGCUCUUGCUGUUUUGACAGUGGUGCUAGCGACUAGCACACGGAUUUCUAUGGUCGUUAUUUGGUGGAUCCAUUAAAUGUAAUCGAGCUAUUACAUUUGAAAAAAAUCUGACACAUUACAUUUAAAGAAGAUGCAGGAUGACGCGCGCUACCUCAAACGCAAAGUGACUGCAGGCAGUUUGGAUGUCCAUCCCACAGAGAAGGCCCUUGUGGUCCACUAUGAGGUGGAAGCCUCUAUACUGGGAGAGGGUGGAGGUCACAUGCUGGGCGAACGAAAGGAGGGACAAAAAAUUAUCCGAGUGAAAAGUCUGUCUCCUAGUACAGAUGUAGGGGCUUUGGCCAAGAAAGUGGUGGAGGAGUGUAAACUCAUCCCUCCUUCCCGCUUGCCCCAGGUGGAGCAGCUCCUCUACUAUUUGCAAAACAGGAAAUCAUCCCCCGUGGAGGGCAAAAUGGAGAAGAAAGAGAAAAGAACUGUGAAACCUCGAGAGCUGACACCGUUUGAAGGAAUGGAGUUAAAUGAGGAAGCCGGUAUAACCAGGGUGGAUGAGUAUAUUGAACUGCUCUAUGAGGGCAUCCCAGAGAAGAUCCGAGGCUCUGCUCUCAUUCUGCAGCUCGCCCGCAACCCUGAUAACCUGGAGGAGCUGCUUCACAACGAGGCAGCCCUAGGUGCUCUGGCCAGAGUGUUGAGGGAAGACUGGAAACAGAGUGUAGAGCUUGCUACCAUCAUCAUUUACAUCUUCUUCUGCUUCUCCAGUUUCUCCCAGUUUCACGGAGUGGUGAGUCAUUAUAAAAUAGGCGCGUUGUGUAUGAGCGUGGUGGAACAUGAGCUGAAGAGACAUGAUAUGUGGCGUGAGGAGCUACGCAAGAAAAACAAGGCUUGUGAGUCAGCACCAGAGAACGGCUCUCUAAGAAGAGAUCAGGACAAAGCUGUGAGAAAAUACCACGGCCUUCUGUCUAAACAGGAACAGCUGCUCAGAGUGUCUCUUUACCUCCUGUUGAACCUUGCCGAGGACACGAGGACGGAGCUGAAGAUGAGGAAUAAAAACAUUGUCUGUCUGCUCGUCAAAGUUCUGGAACGAGAUGAUGAAGAGCUGCUGGUCCUGGUGGUUUCAUUCCUCAAAAAACUGUCCAUCUUCCUGGAGAACAAGAAUGACAUGGCUGAGGUGGAUACUGUAGAACGAUUGGCUCGUCUGGUUCCGUGUGACCAUGAAGACCUGCUAAACCUGACUCUGCGUUUGCUGCUCAACCUCUCCUUUGACUCUGGACUCAGAGCCAAGAUGGUGGAAGUUGGACUGUUACCUAAAUUGACUGCCUUGUUGGGUGAUGAGAACAGCCGUCAGGUAGCCAUGCGUAUCCUGUAUCACAUCAGCAUCGACGACCGCUUUAAGGGAAUGUUUGUUUACACUGACUGCAUACCUCAGCUAAUGCAAAUGCUGUAUGAGCACGGUGAGGAGGAAACCGAAGCUGAGCUCCUCUCCAUCUGCAUCAACCUGGCUGCUAACAAGAGGAACGCACAACUGAUGUGUGAAGGUAUAUUUAUCUGA